AUACGAUCAGUCAUGCAAUACUGCAAUGGCGGAAUGAUUCUGGAGAUGAUGACUGCAGAAGCUGCGGCUCACCUCAAAAAGGCCAACAUCAAAGAAAACUUCAUCAAAACACUCGACCCAAAGGCUAUCUUCAAGGAUAGAGGGUACCCGGUAGUUAUCCAAUUUGUCCCCUAA